AUGGUACAGAACAAAGCUUUAAAAUACGCCGCACAUCCAUCAGGCAAGCCCGUCGCUGGCGUUAACUUGACCAUCGAGACACGCGAAUUCGACACAGAAAGACCACCGCCUCCGGGAGGCAUCACUGUCAAGGUGCACUAUGUCUCGUUCGAUCCUCACCAGCGUGGACGCAUGAGGUCUCCGAAUCCAAGUCAUACGCCCGCCUUCGAUCUUGGAAAGCCAGUCACCAACUCUGCCAUACUUCGCGUUCUGAAGAGCGAUAACCGGAAGUUUGAACCGGGCAAUGUUAUCUACUCGUUCCGCACAUCCACGGAGGAGUACACAGCGAUGAGCAAAGAAGAGGCGGAGGCCUGCGAGAUUCUGGACAAUCGAUUCAAUCUGCCUGCUAGCUAUUUCCUCGGCGCGCUCGGGAUGCCAGGACUGAAGGCAUACUCCUCACUGUACGCGGUGGGGAAACCCAAGGCCGGCGAGACGAUUUUCAUUUCCGCUGCUUCGGGGGCUGUUGGUCAGCUCGUGCGCCAGCUGGCGAAGCGUGAGGGCUUGAAGGUCUUUGGCUCGGUCGGUAGUGACGAGAAGGUCGAUAUGUUGACCACGAAACUGGGGUUCGAUGGGGGGUUUAAUUAUAAGAGGGAAAAUGCACACGAGGCUGUAGGGCGAUUGAUGCCGGAGGGGCUUGAUAUCUACUAUGAAAAUGCAAUACAGGUUGGUGGAGAACAAUUGGAGGCGGCAAUCGAACACAUCAACGACUUCGGCCGCAUCGUGGGCUGUGGCGCAAUCUCGCAAUACAAUCUGCCGCCGGAAAAGCAGUACGGGGUCAAGAACCUCUGGCAGAUUGUGCAAAGGAGCGUGACCUUCCAGGGAUUCAUUUUCUUCAACCCUGGAUUCGCCGACGUAUAUCACGAGAAACACCAGCGAGACGUGCAGAUGUGGCUUCAUGAGGGCUCUUUGAAGGCCGUGGAGCAUGUCACGUAUGGGAUUGAGAAUGCUGCUGAAGGGCUCUUGGGGAUGUUGGAAGGGAAGAAUGUGGGAAAGCCGGUGUUGCAAGUUAGCGAGCUUCCUUGA